AUGUCUGAGAAAAGCCAACAAAUGCUCACCCUUGUCAGCAAUGACAACAAAAAUAUCGAAGUUGCUCGCGAUGUUGCUGAGCGCUCUCUGCUGAUCCACAACUUGCUCGAUGACCUUGGUACCCCUGAGGCGCCUCCUUCGGAGCCCAUUCCCAUUCCCAAUGUGAGCGAGAACGUUUUGACCAAGGUCCUAGAGUGGUGCCAACACCACCGCAAUGACCCGCUUAGCAACACCGAAGAGGACGACUCGCGCCGCAAGACGACUGAUAUCGAGGAGUGGGACCAAAAGUUCAUGCAAGUCGACCAGGAGAUGCUAUUCGAGAUAAUCUUGGCUGCCAACUACCUCGAUAUCAAGCCGCUGCUUGACAUCGGGUGCAAGACUGUCGCCAAUAUGAUCAAGGGCAAGUCCCCUGAGGAGAUUCGCAAGACGUUCAACAUACAAAACGACUUCACCCCCGAGGAGGAGGACCAGAUCCGCCGCGAGAACGAAUGGGCUGAGGAGUAG